AUGAUGCUGCUGGCAUCACUUCCUGUGUCGGCUGUGGAGCCGGAGACGUGUUUCUCCAGACAACACCAGAGCGCCAGAGUCAACGUGCGAGUGGCCGUGACCAGAGCCGGCACGGUGAUGGACACUCGGGCGUCCGGCUCCGAGAGGGAGUGUAUCCUCGCCUGCUGCUCGGAGGACGUCAAACCAGGAGCAAAGUGUAACAUGGCCGUGUUCAGUGGGAACAAACACCCCGGAGAAGGAAACUGUUUCCUGUUCCACUGCCAGUCGGAGGCGGACUGUCCGUUAACCAAAGCUCCGAACACCACCAACACCUACGACAUCUUCAAAGGUUUGAUUCACCCGACCACAGUGACACCUGUAACGACAACCACAACACAAACCACCACCACCCCCACGACUUUACCUCCGACUAUAACCACCAGUACCACACAAAGUACAACAACAACUACACAACCCACCACAACAACAACCACAUCCUCACCGCCAACAACCACACAGGCACCAGCCACUACGACAGCUCCUCCACCCGUCAUCAUCCUCGCCACCAUGCCUGUGGUAACUCCAGCCCCCACCAGCAUCACAACAACUAGACCAACAACGACAACUACACCAACCACAACCACGACAACUACACCAGCAACAACGACAACUACACCAGCAACAACAACUAGACCAACGACGACAACUACACCAACCACAACGACGACAACUACAACAACUACACCAACAACGACGGCUACUACACCGACGACGACAUCUACAACAACAACGACAACAACUACAACAACAACUAAACCAACAACAACAACAACAGUUUCCAACGUCACCAUGAAAAAAACAAACAAAACCAGUAGAAAACAAAAUAAAACCACAAAGAAAGUAAAAGCUCAUCCUGUGACGACGACUCCGAGCUCCACGACAUCACUUCCUGCUGCAACGCCAGCUCACCAACCAGAGCCGACCACUGAAAUGACCACCCCCCCUCCCACUCUGACCACCACCACCACCACACCUCCUCCCACUAUGACCACCACCACCACCACCACCCCUCCUCCCACUAUGACAUCCACCACCACUACCACCCCCCCUCCCUGGACCACGGAGUCGUCCCCCGUGAGGACGUCUCCGGCUGAGAGCCUCAUUAUCGUCCCUAAAGACGCCGUCCAGAGCUCGAGUGCCGGGGGGGGGAACGCGGUAGCGUCUCGGGGGGCAGUGAAGAGCGGCGUGGUGGCGUUCAUGGUGCUGGGGCUCGCCGUGCUCACGCUGGCUCUGGCUGUCGGUGGACGUAAGGCCAUGGAGUCCUUCGACAGACGCCAUUACACGAGACUGGAGCUCAACGACCUGCACUACGAGGUGUGAGGAGGACAAGUCACGUGACCAGAUCAUGUGACGCAGUUCAGAACGUUAAACUGAGAGCAGGUGGAAUGUGAUUGGUCCGAGAGGUUCGACGUCACGACACAGUCGAGUCUUCACUUUAUUUACACUCUGUAACUUUAUUUAUUUCUCUAGAAUAAGAACACGAACGAUGCACUGAUGAAAUUACUGUGUAGAAACAAACAUGUGAAAAAUCCAUCACAGGAAAUUUUGAUUUAUAAGAUUCAAGAUCUCAUAUUUUAUUUAUUUUUCAUUUAAUUUGGAAGACGUCUGAAAUGAAGGUUCAUUCAAAAUCAGACAGGAAAAUUAUAUUUUCAGCACGGUGAUUUUAAAUGAUACAAAAAAAUUGUAUUUUACCACUGUCACGGAAAUUAAACAAACAACUCGCACAUGAUAGAAAAAUCCAUUAUUAAUAUUGUUGAUUGUUAUAUCGUCACAUUGUCUGCUCUUAGUUUUAUUAGCGAUUCUCUUCAUGUUCAACCUUGUGUCUGAAACAAAGAUCGGAUUCAAUAUUUAAACUUUGUUUUAUUUAGUUCUGAGUCAAAACUUUGGGCAAAAUCUUCAGAUUUUACUUCUAAAAGAUUUAUAAUUCUUUGAAUUUAAAUUUUGUAUAUGAAAGGUAAGAAUGUUUUUCUUGUUGUGUCCAUAGCACUGAAUUGUUAUCAUUGUAUUUCAGAACCGGAUGAGAUUGUUUACUUUAUAUAAAAUCUGAUUUUGAG